AUGUAUGCGAAAUGUGGGUGCAUGGAGAAUGCAUGCCUUCUGUUUGAUAGGCUCCCUCGAAGAGAUUUAAUCGCAUGGAAUGCUAUGAUCCACGGCUAUUUAAGGCACCGCCUCAUAUCAAAUGCAUAUGAACUCUUCACAGAGAUGCCCCAAAGAGAUGUGUCAUGGUUUACAAUGAUAUCGGGUUAUUCGCAGAGUGGGUUUCACACUGAUGCGUUGAAACUGUACUUAGACAUGAGAAUUGUGGGGGUUGAAGUGAAUGAAAUCACAAUUGUUAGUGUGCUUUCUUCUCGCCCUAAGUUGCAAGAAUUCAAAGAAGGGGAAAAGGUCCAUGCCCACAUGAUUAAGAGUGGAUUGAAAGGUCUGGACGCUAAGCUCAAAAAUGGUGUGGUCUAUUUGUAUGCAGGGUGUCGAAGAAUGGACUGUGCAUUGGAGCUUUUCCGAGAACCCGAUCAAGAUGUGGUGGCUUGGUGUGCUCUGAUUGUGGGUUUUGCAAGGUCUGGUUUUGUCGACUUUUCUCGCCGGCUCUUUGAUAAAAUGCCUCAUAGAGAUGCCAUUGCUUGGGGUACCAUGAUAUCGAGUUACACUAAUGGUGAACGGCUCAAUGAAGCCUUAAAUCUCUUCAAAGAGUUGGAAUGCUCACAAAUCGAGCCUGAGGAGGCAUCCAUGGUGAGCUUAUGCACUGCUUGUGCUCGGUUGGCCAGUCUAGAACAAGCGACAAAGGUUCACAAUUACAUCAAAAAGACAAAGAUCUCACCGAGUAGCAAUCCUUCCACUGCCUUAAUAGAUAUGUAUGUUAAGUGUGGGAACAUAGAAUAUGCUCUAAAGCUCUUUCAAUCGCUAAAUGACAAUAAGAAUGUGUCUAUAUGGAACGCUAUGAUAGGGGGGCUCGCAAUGAAUGGUCGUAGUAAAGAAGCCUUGGGGCUUUUCUCAGAGAUGGAAAGAACCAAUAUCAAGCCUGAUGAGAUUACAUUUGUAGGAGUUCUAAGUGCAUGUCGGCAUGGUGGGCUCAUAGAUGAGGCAUGGCAUAUUUAUGAUAAAAUGAAUAGGGUCUACGGAAUCGAGCCUGGGUUUGAGCACUAUGGGUGCAUGGUGGACCUCAUAAGUCGACUUGGGCGCUUAUCAGAGGCUGAGGAUCUGACAGCAAAGAUGACCAUAAGGCCCCAAGUUUCAACUUGGGGUGCAUUAUUGGCUGCUUGUAAAAUUCAUGGAGAUGUGAAAUUAGGGGAGAGAGUACCUAAGCACCUUUUAAAGCUUGAUCUGAACCAUGUUGGAUGCAAAGUGAUGCUUUCCAAUCUCUUUGCAGAGGCAGGCUUUUGGGACAAGGUAGCUGAAGUGAGAAGAGGAAUGAAGAGUCUUUCAACGACCCCAGGGUGGAGCUUGAUUGAGGUUGAAUGA